AUGCUCCUUCCCUUCUCCCUCGGCUUCCUCGUUCUCUCUCUCACCGCUAUCUGCGCAAAGCCCCUCACCUCUCCUGCCGAUUUCUCACCCGUCAAUGUAACAAUCUGCAACGGAAAAAAAUAUCUAUACUCCUCCCUCGCUGGCUAUGGCCUCCUCCCAAGCAACGCACGAGACAAAUACGGCGACACCAUCGGCGGCAUCGGGUCCGCCAUUGCCCUCGACAAGAAGUCUAUCAAAUUUUCCAAGCGUUCCCAGUCAUAUUCUGGUAUAAUCUAUGGUCUUCCAGAUCGCGGCUGGAAUACCCAAGGCACGCAGAAUACGCAAUCCCGAAUCCACAAGUUCAAGUUCACAUUCAAUGUUGUGGGAAAUGCGACUGUGGAGAACCCCGCGAGUCCCAACUUCAGUUUCGACAUACUGGAUACGAUUCUUUUGACGGGCCCGGAUGGCACGCCAUUGACAGGACUGGAUCCCACAGAUACAAUCGUAUAUCCCGGCUUCCCACCUCUUCCGUUAGCAAAAUACAUUGGUAACGGCUUUGGUCAAUCUGGCUCAGGAGGUUCCCGCGUUUCCCUAGACACAGAAGGUCUCGUACUCGGCGACAACAACAGCUAUUGGAUCAGCGACGAAUAUGCUGCCUACCUAUACCACUUCGACAGCGCCGGCGAAAUGAUACAAGCCAUCAGCACACCCAGUGCACUACUCCCUCGCCGCAGCACCAGCAACCCCACCACCGGCCGCGCAAACAACCAAGGCCUUGAAGCUCUAACCGCCAGCCCAGAUGGCACACACCUCUACACCAUGCUGCAAAGCGCCACCAUGCAAGACGGCGGCAAAUCCUCCUCCAAACGCCGUAACACGCGCCUCCUCAAAUACCGCAUCGGUGGCAACACCCCCACGCCCGUCCCAGAGGCUGAAUACGUAGUCCAGCUCCCGUUGCUACCCUCGGGCAAAGUCGCAGGCCAGAGCGAAAUGCUUUUCAUCUCCAACACGCAGUUCCUCGUGCUUGCGCGCGACAGCGGCGCGGGCCAUGGGCAGGAGAAAUCGGAAUCCGUGUAUCGUAACGUGGAUGUUGUCGAUGUUUCCGGGGCGACGAAUGUGCUGGGGACGGAUGCGGAUGGCGAGGCGGGGCAGGUGGCCUCUCGGGAGGGGGUGUUGAAUGAAGCUGCGAUUGUGCCGGCGGUGUACUGUCCCUGGUUGACGUUUAACAAUAAUGCGCAGCUCAACAGGUUCGGGGUAAGGAAUGGUGGGUCGCGGGAUGCGAAUCUGUUGAAUGAGAAGUGGGAGGGUCUCGCUAUUUUUCCAGUGCAUGCGGAUGACGAGGUGGGUGGGAGCGGAAAGCAGGGCGGGCAUUAUCUUGUUUCGUUCAAUGACAAUGAUUUCAUCACGCAAGAUGGUGAGCACAAAUCCGAAAUCAUGGGUUCGGCUGCAUGUGCUGACAUUCCAACAGGAUACAUCAACGGCGGCAAAUUUCAGUACAAGGACGCAAGCGGGUUUAAUCUGGACUCUCAGGCAUUGGUGUUCAACGUCCAGCUUCCAAUAGGGGCGACAUCGGUAUGA